CUUAGAUACGGAUUUCACAUAACUGAAUGAUGGCUGAGCUCAGACCAGUGAAAGCGAUCAAUCCUCCAGCUUACGUUCCAGUGCAGGUGAUGCCCUCUGAUGGGCCCUCUGGACAGCCUGAAGCAUUUGUAUUGGUUCAGCACACCAAUGUGAACAUCAUCACUGAGCCUCGAAAGGACCAUAUUAUCUGGUCCCUCCUCUGCUUUGUCUACUCAUACCCUUGUUGUUGUUGUUUUGGACUUGCAGCUCUCAUUUAUUCUAUCAAGGCCAGAGACCUCAAGGUGGCCAGAGAUCUAGCGCGUGCUCGACGCCAUGGCUCCACUGCACGCAAACUUAACAUCGCUGCCACAGUCCUGUUUGCCAUUUUAUUCCUGAUUUUCAUUGCUCCAGGCAUUAUUAAUGCUGCAAUGGUGGCUAGUGUUAUAAAAGAAAUGCCAAACAGUAACCAUCAAUAUAACGGAAAUUAAGUUGCUUGCUACUGUGACUUGUUAUUAAGGAACAUUGAUGAUAUUAGAUUUUAGAUUCUGAUUCAAAUUCAUUUUCAGGAAGGAGUUUGUCGAUUUUUGUUGACAUUUAAUCCCUGAAAUAUAAGGAAAAAAGUGCAAUUUCAACAGCACAUCUCUUUUUCUACAUGAUAGAGAAAUGCUAACGGGCUUAAACUGUAAGAAAUAAAUGUGGUA